AUGUGCCAGAACGAAGUUGAAGCCAAUGGCUGGACCAGCAUGCCCGCCAAUGCAGGCGCUAUCUUUGGAAGCAAGCCUUUCAUCAAUCAGCCAGGACCUCUGUCUCUCGAAGACAUCAAAUUCCCAUUUGAUGAACCUUCGGUCGCAAAGACUUUGGUCUAUGCAAAGAAAACCCUUCACCCCAAAACCUUCAACCACUCGAUGAGGGUUUACUUCUACGGUAAGACCAGCUAUUCCACCAGGCUUGCUCAGUUUGAGCAAAAUCCAAGAUCUAAAUCUAACCAAAACAGGAAUGGCAAUUUCCAAGGAACAAUUCCUGAGCAGUUCGCGAGCCUCAAUCCCGUAACUUGGGCUCUGACAUGUCUUCUCCACGAUCUCGGCACAGCCGAGGAAAAUCUCACGGCAACCCGAAUGUCCUUUGACAUCUACGGCGGCAUUAAAGCCAUCGACGUCUUGAAGGGCCAUGGCGCAACCACAGACCAAGCCGAAGCAGCUGCUGAGGCAAUUAUCCGGCACGAAGAUAUGGGGGUUGACGGUACGAUCACUUAUUUUGGUCAACUCAUCCAGUUAGCCACGACAUACGACAACACCGGCUUCCAUCCGCAUGUGAAGGAUUUCGGUGAAUUGAUCUAUGAGACUACCCGCGCGAAGAUCAAUGAGGCUUAUCCGCGCAUCAAGUGGUGCAAAUUCUUUUCUGGUGUCAUUCGCAAGGAAGAGACUACCAAGCCCUGGUGCCAUUCGACUCAUCUUGUCAACUUUGAUCAGGAGAUCGAGGCUAACACUCUGAUGAAACAAUGGGAGUGA